UGGCUGCAGGUGGAGGUUUUUUUCUGCUCCGUAAACGGUGAAAACGACGCAACUCGCAGAGUGUAGUGAAACCAGCAGGUGGACGGGGAGAUUUCGUAAAUGUCUUGUGCAAAUCUCAAACCCGAAGAGAAACUCCUGGGCUCCCGUUUGCAGCAAACGGAUAUCAAUUCGACAGUGACUGUUUAGUGUCUGGAAAUUGAAAUCACAGAUUCUGAUGGAUCGAAUUGAAUUUAUUGCAACUUGAAUAUAAUCAGAUUUGAACAUGGAAGUAAAAAGCAUUAACAGCACUAAGAAACUGAACACAUGUUCUGUGUGUGGACAAAGCUUCAGUCAAUCAUCUUUACUGUGGAGUCACAAGUGUGGUCACACUGAGAAGAUACUGUGGAACUGUGAGGAAUGUGGGAAAGGAUUCAAUUACCCAUCCCAACUGGAAAAGCAUCAGCGCAGUCACAAUGGGGAGAAGCCAUGGAAAUGUACAGAUUGUGGGAAGGGCUUCAAUUACCCGUCUGAGUUGGAAAUUCAUCGGCGCACCCACACUGGAGAGAAGUUGUUCACCUGCUCUCAAUGUGGGAAGGCAUUAGCUCAUUUACAGAGUCUGCUGGUACACCAACGAGUUCAUACUGGGGAGAGACCAUUCAACUGCUCUGGAUGUGGUAAGGGAUUCACUACGUCAUCCAGCUUGCUAAUACACCAGCGUGUUCACACUGGAGAGAGACCUUUUAAAUGCUCAGACUGUGGGAAGAGCUACCAAAGUUCUGGGGAACUGAUGUCCCACCAACGUGUUCACACCGAUGAGAGACCAUUCAGAUGCACUCACUGUGGGACUGGAUUCAAGCGAUCAUCUCAACUCACUGUGCACCACCGAGUUCACACUGGAGAGAGACCGUUCACCUGCUCAGAGUGCGGGAAGGGAUUCACUCAAACGUCCGACCUGCUGAAGCAUCAGCGCGUUCAUACUGAUAUGAGACCUUUUAAAUGCUCUGACUGUGAGAAGUGCUUUAAAAGACUGGGAGAUCUGAAGUCUCACCGGCGUGUUCACACUGAUGAGAGACCAUUCUGGUGUUCUUACUGUGAGACUGGGUUCAGGCGAUCAUUUGAUCUCACUGUACACCAGAGAGUUCACACUGGCGAGAGACCAUUCACCUGUUCUGAGUGUGGAAAAGGAUUCACUCAAUCAUCCAACCUCACUGCACAUCAGCGAGUUCAUACUGGAGAGAGACCGUUCAUCUGCUUGGAGUGUGGGAAGGGGUUCACUCAGUCCUCCAAUCUUACAGUACAUCAGCGUAGUCACAGUGGGGAGAGAUCAUUCCCCUCCUAGAAGUCAGUGUAAAAGUAUUGAUUAAUUUAUCAUAAUUGCUUGAGAGACCAUUGAGUUCACAAGUAAUGACACUGAAUGUUGGUGUUAAUUAUAUCCAGGACUGAACCAUGUUCAUUAGAGUCUAUUUCUGCUGAUGUUAAAUUACUUGAGUUG